AUGACUAGUACGAUAUCUUGCAAAGCAUGUAAUUUUGGACAGAAAUAUAUUGAGGCGGAUUGUUUGCUGUCAGAUCAAGAACUGAAACGGUUGCGAGAACACAAGUAUUCGGCAGUGGACAACAGUUGGUUAGAUGAGUUGUGUAUGAAAAGAUGGUGGGAAUUUGUGAUCACAUUGUGUCCGAUGUGGAUCGCUCCAAAUUUAAUCACAUGGAUUGGUCUCGUUAUUAACCUCAUCACAGUUCUUAUUUUAUCAUCGUUCAGUUAUUCUGCAACAGAGCCGGCACCAUCAUGGGCAUACCUUCAAGCUGCGUUGGGAUUGUUUUUCUAUCAGACAUUGGAUGCUAUUGAUGGUAAACAAGCCAGACGGACUGGGUCGAGUUCUCCUCUCGGUGAAUUGUUCGAUCAUGGAUGUGAUAGUAUGACUCAAGUUUUCGUCACACUGAACAUUUGCUAUGCAAUGUCGCUUGGAACCGUUCCAUAUGGAGUGCUCAUUGUAUCUGUUAUCUCUGUUGUUAUGUUUUACUGUGCCCAUUGGUCAACUUAUUGCACUGGACAGUUGCGAUUCUCCAAGUUCGAUGUGACCGAGGCUCAAAUGUCCGUUAUCAGUGUUUUGCUGUUCACAGCCUUGUUCGGAAACGGUGUAUGGGAAACUCAUAUCGCGUUCGGGUACACAUUGAAAUAUUUUGUCAUCUCAUCUUCAUUCUUGGUCUCACUCUACCAAAUCUGGGGUUAUGUCCAUGUUAUCUUCAGCGGAGGAGUUGGUAAAAACGGAUCUACAAUUGCUGGCACUUCUGUGAUCUUCCCACUUUUUCCACUUCUGAUGGUUGUCGUCCCCUUCAUCAUGAUCUACAACAAAACCGACUCCACCGUAUUCGUCGAUCACAUUACUCUGUUUUCGCUGUGUUUUGGAGCUGUCGGAGCCAAGGCAACCAACCGAUUGGUGAUUGCUCAUAUGUCAAAAUCUGAGCUCAGACUCUGGGAUUGGAUCUAUGUUGGACCACUUGCUCUGAUGCUUAAUCAAUACUACAAUUAUGUUUUCGAUGAAUACAUCUUGCUGUGGAUUGCUACGAUCUAUUGCUAUGCCUCUCUUUUCAUCUACUGCACUGUUGUGUGCAGACAGUUUUGUGAUUUCUUGAAUAUCUACAUAUUUGUUCUUGGACCAAGAAACUCAAAAUCGCAAUGA